AUGUUUAACUCAGAAAUUCCAUUAUUUAGUCCUGAAGUACAACAUCGUAUUAAACAACAAGAUUUACUAUUGCAGAAGCAAUUAUCAUAUCUAAGUCGUGAAAGUAAGAAGCGACUAAUUUUAUACAAUAAAGAAGCAGAAGAUAUACGUCAAAGUCGACCGAUAACGCAAGUUUCAAUGAAAUUUAAUGAAAUUUAUGAUGAGAGAACUGAUAUGUUAGACUAUGAUAAAAUACGACAAAUUGGAUUGAAUAUUGGCUCACCGUCUCAACGUGUUGAUGCUGUCCCUAGCGAUACAUCAUUACAUACAAAACGGAAACUGUGGGGAUGUACGAAAACAACAUUUUUACCACCAAUUGUUAAGUCGUUUAUUCGUAAACGAUCAUUAAAUAAUAGUUCGUCUUUUCGUACCAAUGCCACAAAAUGGAUGGCCACAUUUCAACGACCAAAUAUUUCCGAAGACAAUAAAGUAAUGUUUGACAUUCCCGAUGGAGAAGAAAUAUUGACUUUACCGAAUAUAAGUCCAAUGCAAAGACAAGUCCGUUUAUUUAUUGAAAAACUUCCCGUUUAUUCAGGAACUCAGACUGGUUUCGAUAGUUUCAGACGAUCAUCGUUUUAUACAGGAAAAACGUUAGUUGUCAGAUAG